CCGUCCCUGAAAUCGCUAACUGUCCUUCUGGAUCAAAGGUCAGCGGUGACUACAUCAUGUCCGGGUCAACAGCCACUUGUGAAUGUCGUCAGAAAACUGAGGGUUUUCCUGCAGGCACAGUUGUUCUGUCUCAGGGCGGGUCUACCUUGGGCUCAGGGACAAUUGCUUCAGGGAAUGUCACUAAUCCUGAGAACAGUUUUAACGAGACGUUGACUUGUCGUUCUGUGUCUUCUCUGGGCCAAGCAGGUCCCUCUGUCUCCAAGACUGUCAAGUUUGCCUACAGCCCUGAAGACGUCACGUUGGAGAGAAAAAACGUGAGACCAGAGGAGUCCGGAACGUAUAACCUGUGUCCGUCAGUGACACCAGAUAUAACAAUGGAAUGUUCUGUGGGAGUUGUCUACCCAGCAGCAAGUUUUACCCUCACAAUGGCGCCAACAGGGGAGAAAAUUGUUCUUGCGUGUACAGAAAACGACAAAUGUUCCCACGACUUUGUGCCGACAAGUGGAGGAAAUCACGAGUUCCGGUGUGAAGCAGCGAACAGCAUUUUUGGAGACAUGACAGAAGACAGUCCACCUGUGCAUAUUUACGUGCAAGAACCUCCCAAGACGGCACCUACACUGGUCAUCAACGGUAAAACCUUCACUGGUGUCGGUGCGGAUAACACAAUUGUUCUUGAAGCAGGCACAGAACACAGUGUAGAGUGUCACGUCGAUGGGGGAUUCCCGGAAAUCUCUGCCUCAGACAUCUCUCUACAGUGUGCGGGUCGGGACGUGAAUGGCGGAAAGUUUGUCCCGUCCUUGUCGGUUUGUCUCAACGAGACCAGCUGUAGUUGUCGGGCAGGACAUCCUAGUGGGUGCUACGACUUGGCGACAGAAGUCAUCGUCUCUCUCACAGGACGCCAUGAAGAAAGUCCUUACUUGAAUGUGCAUGGAAUAAAACCGCAUACCGUUAGAGGCAGAGGGGGUCCUUCUUACCUCGGCCCCAAGGGGAAGGAUAAUGGUGAAAAUCUUUACAUCUGA